AAACCGAAACACCAUCUUCAAACCCUGCCCAAAGGAGCUUGGAAGCGAUUAAAAGACUUACACGAUCGCCAGAAAAGACGACGCUACUUACCAAUAGACAACAAUUUCCAAGAUUCACAUAUCAACAACGAAUCUGGCACCCUAUUAGUACCCAUUGGCUAUACCGAAGAGGUUCCAUCAAACAAAGCCACUGGAACAAUACCCAAGAGACCCAAAGACGCUUAUCCGAAUCCAAGUUGCCCAGUUUCAAGCUUCAGGCAGUUGCAAUUCCAACGCGACCUACGCAUUCAUCCCUUUACAGACACCAAUGUGGAACGCGGGAGGAACCCAAAAGACAUAGAAGUAGUGGAAGAUAUAGCCAAAAUGCCUAGUGAUAAAGAGAGUCCAGAAACCAAGCCACUGAACAAUAACAAUUCAAAUGGAAACGGUGGCAGUGUACCAAGCAAGCCAAAGAUCCAGCCAAAAUAUAGCAUUCACCGGGAUGUGCUGACCCAUGAGGUGGUGAUAAAGCAAACAGGAUAUGCGGCCAGGGACAAGAGCAUACCCUCCUCGCUUCGAAACUGCUGGCAGAGCUGGAACUUCUUUGCACUCUUCACCGGCGUGAUUCCCAUUCUGCAAUGGCUACCCCAGUAUUCACCCAGGAGAGAUCUUCCUGGCGAUAUAAUCGCCGGCUUCACCGUCGCCAUCAUGAACAUACCUCACGGCAUGGCUUAUGGCAUUUUGGCGGGAGUUUCAGCUGGAAAUGGUCUCUAUAUGGCCGUGUUUCCGGUGCUGGCCUACAUGUUCCUGGGGACCUCGAAGCAUAUCUCCAUCGGCACCUUUGCGGUAGCCAGCAUGAUGACGGCAAAGGUGGUGGAUACGUAUGCCAACGUAGAUGACCACCAUCAUAUAUUGCCUGAUGCCUUCGGUUUGCAAUCGAAUGGAACAGCGACUGCGUCCCCACUCCUGCUAUUAAAUUCCUCAGGGGUUGCGGAUUCUGUCUCCUCAACCACUAUAUUACCUUUUCAGCUUUUAAAUUCUACUCUAAAUGCGGAUCCCAUUACUAAAAUAGAGGUGGCGACCUCUUUGGCACUUACUGUGGGAAUUGUAAACCUCCUAAUGGCUUUUCUAAGACUGGGAACCCUGUCAUCCCUUUUGAGCGAACCUCUGGUGAAUGGAUUCACCACUGCUGCAGCGUGUCACGUGGUUACCGCCCAGCUAAAGGAUGUGCUGGGCAUCUCAGUACCGCGUCACAAAGGUGCAUUCAAGAUCAUAUACACCGUUAUUGACGUGAUCAAGGGAGUGCCACAAACGAAUCUUGUGAACUUUGGCUUUUGUAUGGCUGUGAUUGCGUUCAUGAUGAUCUGCAAUGAGAUCUUGAAGCCGCGACUGAGUAAAAAAUGUCGCUUUCCCCUGCCAGCGGAGCUGAUCAUGGUGAUCGGUGGCACAUUGAUCUCCAAAUGGUUCAACCUGUAUGUCGAUUACAACGUGAAUCCAGUGGGAAAAAUACCUAGUGGCUUACCGGAGCCCGUUUUGCCGCGCUUGGAUCUUGUACCAAAGGUGGCCGUAGAUUCAAUUGCCAUUGCUAUCGUCACCUACUCCAUAAUCAUGUCCAUGGGCCUAACGUUCGCUAAGAAGCACGGAUAUGAGGUCAGGCCAAAUCAGGAGCUGUUCGCGAUGGGCAUUGGAAACAUGGUUGGCGGCUGCUUCUCCUGCAUUCCCAUGGCGUGCUCUCUGUCAAGAUCGGUGAUCCAGGAUCAGACUGGUGGUGUUUCACAGAUAGCUUCAUUGGUCUCCGCCUCGCUCGUGGUGGUCACCCUCAUGUGGAUCGGCCCUUUUUUCAGCAGUUUGCCAAGGUGCGUUCUGGCUGGCGUGAUUAUAGUGGCACUGAAGCCGAUGUUUAUGCAGGCCAAGGAAUUGAAAAAGUUCUCCAAGCAGGGCAAGUUGGAAAUGUUCACAUGGAUAUCUACCUUCCUCUGCGUCGUUAUCAUCGAUAUUGAUAUUGGUCUUUUGAUUGGCAUCUGCAUCUCCUUGUUGGCUCUGUAUAUCAAGGGACUGAAGCCGUACUCCUGCCUUUUGGGCUAUAUGCCAGAGGCCCCAGGCAUCUAUAUGGAUCUCAACCAGCACCGAAACGCCAUGCAGGUUCCCGAAGUCCGCAUCUUCCGCUACAGUGGAUCGCUAAACUUUGCCACCAGCCUGUUUUUCCGGCGUGCUCUGUACGAGGCCGUGGGCCUGGACAAGAUUCCUCCAACGAAAGUUAGCAGCAGCAAUAGCAAUAGUCCCAGCAAGGGCAGCAAAUCGAGUUAUUCCCCAGUAUCGCAGAACGGAGGAAAGGCAAUCAAUGGCAAGUUAGAAGAGACGUCAGGUGCGUUCAAGGUGCUCGUCCUGGAUUUCUCCAUGCUCGGACACAUAGAUGUGGCGGGAUGUCGCACCCUGACGGAUCUCAGCAAGGAGCUGAAGGUGCGAGGAGCUCGUUUGUUGUUGGCUAGCCCCGUAGAUCGGGUGUACGAUACCCUGGUGCAUAGUAUGGCCCUCAGCGAAGGACCUUUUGAGAUCUUCCCCACCCUGCACGAUUGUGUGGAAUAUGCCAAUGCCUGUCGAACAGCGUGAGAGGGUAACCCUGCCCCAGACACCCCAGUUAACUGGGGAAGAGAGCCAAACCACGUUUUGUGAUAUGUCCAAGUGAUAGCUUGUGAAUCGUAGCAUCAAAACCCCUUCCUAGUUGCUAAAGUCUAUUUUAAACUGAAUAGAAACAAUGUCGCCGUCUACAAUCAAGCAGAAUAGGCUAAGUUUGUUUAAGUGCCUCCAAAAUAUUGAUUUUUGUACUUAAAGCAUACACAGCCCACCAGUCAGGCAACCGAAGAACUUCAAUCGAUCAAUGAAGUGCAUUGAUUUAGUGCAAUUUGUACCAAAAUGAACAAUUCAAACACACACAACUAGUACGUAAGGUUGAUAUGUAUGGAGAUGUAUAAACUGUACAUAAACAUUUAAAUGAA